GCCAGAGGUACCUGGCCAGCACUCACUUCUCUGCAGGGAAACGAGUGUUCCCGCUGCAGCAGCCGAAAGAAAGAUCCUGGUUCUGCCAGUAAGGUAUUCAAAUACGCAGAGUGGUGAUCGAGCUAUAAAGAAAAAUGUGGAAUCCAGAUGCCGUGGUCGUAUGUGUUGUUAACCUCUCUGAAUUAGCUGAGCAGUAACCGCCCCUUUCAGGGCCAAGCGUUUCAACCAGACAUAAACUUCAUCGUUCCUAAUGCGAGUCUGAGCUGCGGCCCGGGCUGCUGGAAACGCUUGGGUAUUUUGGAGACUUAAGGGUUAAAGACUCUCUUCUGUCUUUCAGGAUCUGAGCUGCCUCUUUGACUUAUACUUGGAGCCACUUCAAAGCGAGACCUUUCUUACCCAGGAUGAGAUGGAGUCACUUUUUGGAAGUUUGCCAGAGAUGCUUGAAUUUCAAAAGGUAUUUCUGGAGACGCUGGAGGAUGGGAUUUCAGCAUCAUCUGACUUUAACCUACUUGAAACCCCCUCGCAGUUUAGAAAACUACUGUUUUCCCUUGGAGGCUCUUUCCUUUAUUAUGCGGACCACUUUAAACUGUAUAGCGGAUUCUGUGCUAAUCAUAUUAAAGUACAGAAGGUUCUAGAGAGGGUCCAAGUGGACCUGGGUGACCAGCCUGCAUUGCUCUUCCCCUCAUGUCAACAGCAAGCGUUCCUCUGCGGAGCCAGCGAGAUGCCCGAGCUUUGGCCCCCGACUUGCGCUAAAACUGAUAAAGCCUUCAAGGCUUUUCUGGACGCCCGGAACCCCACCAAGCAGCACUCCUCCACGCUGGAGUCUUACCUCAUCAAGCCCGUUCAGAGGGUGCUCAAGUACCCACUGCUGCUCAAGGAGCUCGUGUCCCUGACAGACCACGAGAGCGAAGAGCACUAUCACCUGACAGAAGCACUAAAGGCAAUGGAAAAAGUAGCAAGCCACAUCAACGAGAUGCAGAAGAUAUAUGAGGAUUACGGGACGGUGUUUGACCAGCUGGUAGCAGAGCAGAGCGGAACAGAGGAGGAGGUCACAGAACUUUCAAUGGGGGAACUUCUGAUGCACUCUACAGUGUCCUGGUUGAAUCCAUUUCUGUCUCUAGGAAAAGCCAGAAAGGACCUCGAGCUCACAGUAUUCGUUUUUAAGAGAGCCGUCAUAUUGGUUUAUAAAGAAAACUGCAAACUGAAAAAGAAAUUGCCGUCGAACUCCCGGCCGGCACACAACUCUGCUGACCUGGAUCCGUUUAAGUUUCGCUGGUUGAUCCCCAUAUCCGCGCUUCAAGUCAGACUGGGGAACACAGCAGGGACAGAAAAUAAUUCCUUCUGGGAGCUGAUCCACACAAAGUCCGAAAUAGAAGGACGGCCAGAAACCAUCUUUCAGUUGUGCUGCAGUGACAACGAAAGCAAAACCAACAUUGUCAAGGUGAUUCGAUCUAUUCUGAGGGAAAACUUCAGGCGUCACAUAAAGUGCGAAUUACCUCUGGAGAAAACAUGUAAAGAUCGCCUGGUACCCCUCAAGAACCGCGUUCCUGUCUCAGCCAAAUUAGCUUCAUCCAGGUCCUUAAAAGUCCUUAAGAAGUCCUCCUCCAGCAGCGAGUGGCCCGCGGAGCCGGGCAAGAGCAGCUCGCUGGACUCGGAGGAGGGCAGCCUAAGCAGCGGCACGCAGAGCAGCGGCUGCCCCCCCGCCGGGAGCAGCCAGGACGCCCAGAGACACGCCCACGGGGGCCUGGCUGACUUCUCCGACAGUCUCAUCAAGGAGAGCGACAUUCUGAGCGACGACGACGAGGACUACCAGCAGACUGGGAAGCAGGGCAGCCCCACCAAAGACAUCGAGAUCCAGUUCCAGAGACUGAGGAUCUCAGAGGAGCCGGACGCUCGGCCGGCUGAACAGCCAACCGGCAAGGACGGGCAGCCCAAGCUGGUCCGGGGGCACUUCUGCGCCAUCAAACGAAAAGCCAACAGCACCAAGAGGGACAGGGGAACUCUGCUGAAGGCGCAGAUGCGUCACCAGUCCCUGGACAGUCAAUCGGAAAAUGCCAACCUCGAUCUCAGCUCUGUUCUCGAGCGAGAAUUCAGCGUCCAGAGCUUGACGUCGGUUGUCAACGAGGAGUGUUUUUAUGAAACAGAGAGCCAUGGAAAGGCAUAAUACAGGUCAAUCCAGAUGCAGGUUAAGUUGCUGGUUUCACUUUUAAACGGGGGGUAAAAUGGAAAUUGCAGAAAAACUAUUCAUUAUUGGGUUUUGUGCAGUAUACAUUUUCCCACAAAUAGCUGUAAAGAUUUAAGUUAUUUUAAUUUAUUGUGGAUCAGAAAACUAGAGUAAACUGGUCAGAAUUUGUAAAUUACUUAGUUUAUAUCCCUUUUGAGCAGGUAUCAAAAUGACUUAGAAUCCUUAAAAUGAAACUGCAUUCUAAUUAAUUUAUGUGGAAAAGGGUGGGGAAGUUGUGAUUAAUAGCUUUUGAAAGGUCAUUUUUUUCCAAUCCUCUGGGCAUUUUCUUUGAGCUGUUAGGUUCUGCUUUAUUUAAAGCAUAUUUAAAUUAUUCUAAUGUGGGUUAGGGGUACAAUGUGCAGAUAUUUCAUUUUUGUAAGGUUGUAACAGAUGCUGUUUAUACUAAACAUGUCAUAUCUAUGCAGUGUAUAUAUUAAAAGAAGACUUGUACUGUA